GUAGAGGACUGGACUUAACCUUCCAGCAAAGGACUGGAUUUAGCCUCCCAGCUGUUAUUUUUAGUCAUUCAGUCAACAUCUUUAUCAAGUUCUUAUUAUGUCCUAGUUUUAUGUUAAAUACUGGGGAUACAAAGAAAAAACAAAGAAAGGGGAGAUAUGGACAUGAAUAGGAAGAGUUCCCCAAUUAGAAAGUAGAGACACAAACAUAAAUAGGUACUUGGGAGAUAAAGAAGUUAGUUAGGGAGUAUUUGCAGCUGGUGGUAAGGAAGUUUGAGAUUAUUUGAGCUAAGCCUUGAAAUAAGCCAGGAUUUCUGAGAAGGAAUGAAAAGAAAGGAGAUUUUAGGUAUAGGGGAUAGUUGUGCAAAAGCCUAUAUGUGAUACUGGAGAACUUUUUAUGUGAAAGACCUCAAGUAAGUCAUUAUGUCUGGAUCAUAGCAUGCAUGAAUGUGGAGGGAAAGAUAGGAAUGGGUUAGGUAAUGAAGGAUCCUGAAUGACAAAUAGGGUAUGUAGUGCUAGAUCCCAGUUAAAUGUUUUUUUUUUUUCUUUCUCCUAUCCCACAGAUCACUCCCAGAAGAGAAUGGUUAUAGGAAAUCACACCAUAGUGUCAGCAUUUAUUCUUGUGGGGUUAACAGAUCAAUCAGAGCUUCAGCUCCCCCUCUUCUUCCUGUUCCUAGGGAUGUAUGUUCUUACUGUUAUGGGAAACCUGGGCUUGAUCAUUCUGAUUGGACUGAAUUCUCAUCUUCACACCCCCAUGUACUAUUUUCUCUUUAAUUUGUCCCUUAUAGAUCUCUGUUAUUCUACUGUUAUUUCUCCCAAAAUGUUGGUGAACUUUGUCUCAGAGAAAAACAUCAUCUCCUACUCCGGAUGCAUGACUCAACUUUAUUUCUUUCUUUUUUUGGUGGUUUCUGAGUCCUUUAUUCUUUCAGCUAUGGCUUAUGAUCGUUAUGUUGCUAUUUGUAACCCUCUGCUUUAUAAUGUAACCAUGUCGCACCAAGUCUGUUCUUUGCUAUUAUUGGGAGUAUACAUAAUGGGGUUUUCUGGAGCCAUGGCUCAUACAGGUUUCAUGCUGAGAUUAGUUUUCUGUAAUGUCAAUAUUAUCAAUCACUACAUGUGUGAUAUACUCCCCCUCCUAGAGCUCUCAUGCACCAGCACCAGCACUAAUGAGUUAGUGGUUUUUAUUGUUGUGGGCAUUGAUAUUGGAGUUCCCACUGUUACCAUAUUUAUCUCUUAUGCUUUAAUCCUCUCUAGCAUCCUUCAAAUCAACUCCACUGAGGGUAGGUCCAAAGCCUUCAGCACCUGCAGCUCCCACAUAAUUGCUGUUUCUCUUUUCUUUGGCUCAGGAGCAUUUAUGUAUCUCAAACCUUCCUCCCUUCUAUCCAUGACCCAGGGAAAAGUAUCUUCUUUAUUCUAUACCAUUGUGGUGCCUAUGCUGAACCCCAUGAUCUACAGUCUGAGAAACAAGGAUGUCAAACUUGCACUGAGGAAAACUCUGAAUAGAAGAAUAUUCUAAAUAGAAAGAGGACAAUUAGAAGAUGGAGAGUUCUGUUUCUUUUACUGGAGUUUUUCAUGGAGUGAUCCUGAUUUGAAGCCUUUUCUCUGUAGAAGGAGCAAAUCUUUAUUCUUAUACAGAACAAUCUCUA